AUGCAUAAUCUACUAAUACGACAAUACUUCUUACAGGACUGCGCACCCCUUACAAUCCUAGACUGGGUGCCCAAUCUCAUUGUAUUCAUCCAGAUUGCACUGUUUUCCGCCCUGCGUGUGUUCGCAAUCUGGGAUAGGAGCUACGUUUGGUCGCUGGUGGUGUUCGCACUGAGCAUAGUGCCGUUCGCUACCAAUAUACAAAAUGCGGCGGGGUCGAAGUACGGGUUUAUGGUAGACCCGGUUGUCGGAAUUAUAUGCACUGAAAAUGCUGAAAUAUCACAAAAUAGACUUGUGUACGUCACGCGUGGCGCAGUAAUUCUCGCCGACACCAUCGUGCUCGUCCUGACGUGGAUUAAGACGUUCAGAAGCUGGAAGAAUGCCCGCAGCCUCGAUAUCAAGGUAUCAAUAACGACGUGCAUCUUACGCGACGGAACUAUCUAUUUUAUGGCUCUGCUAGCAAUGAACAUAGCUCAGAUGCUAACCGGUAAUAUCGUAGUGGGCUCAUCAAUCGUGGCAGAUUUUACGACGUUCCUGCCCUCGGUGCUCAUCAAUCGUUUCAUGAUCAACCUGCGUCAGACGAGCGGCUCGGUAAUGUCGGACAUGAAUAACCAGCAACAGGAACAGCCUAUCGCGACACUGCAGUUCCGAGGGACAACCGAUCAUUGGCUGGGAAAUAUUGGGGAAGAGUUGCAGGAUGACCGGGAUGACGAACGGGAUUACGAAGAGACUGAUACUACAGAGUCUAUAGACGAGGAAGGACGUGGCGAGAUCGGUGUCAAAGCAGCGUGA